CCACCGCGCACCGCCACCGCCAGCAAGCCUCGUCCGACCGACCGACCGACCGCGCGGGGGGGAAAACGGCCGCCCGCCCUCCGCCCGCUGCGAUGCCGCGGCUCGCCGCGCUGCCCUGGACCUUGGCGUUGCUGGGAGCCGCAGCCUCUCUACAAGUGGACAUCGUUCCGAGUCAGGGGGAGAUCAGCGUUGGAGAGUCCAAGUUCUUCUUAUGUCAAGUGGCAGGGGAGGCCAAGCACAAGGACAUCUCGUGGUUCUCCCCGAACGGGGAGAGGCUGACGCCGAACCAGCAGCGCAUCUCGGUGGUGAGGAACGAUGACUUCUCCUCCACCCUCACCAUCUACAACGCCAACAUCGACGACGCCGGCAUCUACAAGUGCGUGGUGAGCAGCGCCGACGAGGGCGACUCCGAGGCCACCGUCAACGUCAAGAUCUUCCAAAAGCUGAUGUUCAAGAACGCUCCCACCCCCCAGGAGUUCAAGGAAGGGGACGAUGCUGUGAUCGUGUGUGACGUGGUCAGCUCGCUGCCUCCCACCAUCAUCUGGAAGCACAAAGGCAGGGAUGUCAUCCUAAAAAAAGAUGUGCGGUUCAUAGUCCUGUCCAACAACUACCUGCAGAUCCGGGGCAUCAAGAAGACGGACGAGGGGACGUACAGGUGUGAGGGGAGGAUCUUGGCUCGGGGGGAGAUCAACUUCAAGGACAUCCAGGUCAUUGUGAAUGUUCCUCCUUCUGUGCGUGCCAGGCAGAGCACCAUGAAUGCCACUGCCAACCUCAGCCAGUCUGUCACCUUGGCAUGUGAUGCUGAUGGUUUUCCUGAGCCAACCGUGACGUGGACAAAGGACGGAGAGCCCGUGGAGGAGGCUGAUGAUGAGGAGAAAUACAGCUUCAACUACGACGGCUCGGAGCUGGUCAUCAGGCAGGUGGACAAGAGCGACGAGGCCGAGUACAUCUGCAUCGCUGAGAACAAGGCAGGGGAGGCAGAUGCCACCAUCCACCUCAAAGUCUUCGCAAAACCCAAAAUCACCUAUGUGGAGAACAAAACAGCCAUGGAGCUGGAGGAUCAGAUCACCCUGACCUGCGAGGCCUCCGGGGACCCCAUCCCUUCCAUCACCUGGAGAACCUCCACCCGCAACAUCAGCAACGAGGAGAAGGCUUCGUGGACCCGGCCCGAGAAACAAGAGACCCUGGACGGGCGGAUCAUCGUGCGCAGCCACGCGCGGGUGUCGUCACUGACGCUCAAGGAGAUCCAGUACACGGACGCGGGGGAGUACGUGUGCACUGCCAGCAACACCAUCGGCCAGGACUCCCAGGCCAUGUACCUGGAAGUGCAGUAUGCCCCCAAGCUCCAGGGCCCCGUGGCUGUGUACACCUGGGAGGGAAACCAAGUGAACAUCACCUGUGAGGUGUUUGCCUACCCCAGUGCUGUCAUCUCCUGGUUCCGGGACGGGCAGCUGCUCCCCAGCUCCAACUACAGCAACAUCAAGAUCUACAACACUCCCUCAGCAAGUUACCUGGAGGUGACCCCAGACUCGGAGAACGACUUUGGGAACUACAACUGCACAGCCGUGAACCGCAUCGGCCAGGAGUCCUCCGAGUUCAUCCUGGUGCAGGCAGACACUCCGUCCUCCCCGUCCAUCGACAGAGUGGAGCCCUAUUCCAGCACUGCCCAGGUGGAGUUCGAUGAGCCUGAAGCCACUGGUGGGGUUCCCAUCCUCAAGUACAAGGCAGAGUGGAGGGCCCUGGGCGAGGGAGAGUGGCAUUCCAGGUUGUAUGAUGCAAAAGAAGCCAACGUGGAGGGCACCAUCACCAUCACUGGCCUGAAGCCUGAGACCACCUACUCGGUGAGGCUGUCUGCUGUCAACGGCAAGGGCGUGGGGGAGCUCAGCCUGCCCUCCGAGUUCAAGACACAGCCAGUCCGCAUCCCUCACCCACAAGGGGAACCCAGCGCUCCCAAGCUGGAAGGGCACAUAGGAGAGGACGGGAACUCCAUCAAAGUGAACGUCAUCAAGCAGGACGACGGGGGCUCCCCCAUCAGACACUACCUGAUCAAGUACAAAGCUAAGCAUUCCUCGGAGUGGAAGCCGGAGAUCAGGCUCCCGUCGGGCAGCGACCACGUGAUGCUGAAGUCCCUGGACUGGAACGCCGACUACGAGGUCUAUGUGGUGGCAGAGAACCAGCAGGGCAAGUCCAAACCCGCCCACUACGCCUUCAGGACGUCUGCCCAGCCCACUGUCAUCCCAGCCAGCACCAGCCCCACGGCAGGCCUGGGCACUGCUGCCAUCAUUGGCAUCCUGGUCGUGGUGUUCGUGGCCCUGCUGGUGGCCGUGGACGUCACCUGCUACUUCCUCAACAAGUGUGGGCUCCUCAUGUGCAUCGCGGUCAACAUGUGCGGCAAAUCCGGCCCCGGGGCCAAGGGCAAGGACAUGGAGGAGGGAAAAGCUGCCUUCUCGAAAGAUGAGUCCAAGGAGCCCAUCGUGGAGGUGCGGACGGAGGAGGAGCGGACCCCCAACCACGACGGGGGCAAACACACGGAGCCCAACGAGACCACCCCGCUGACAGAGCCAGAGCACCCCGCCGACACCGCAGCCACCGUGGAGGACAUGCUGCCUUCUGUCACCACGGGCACCACUAACUCUGACACUAUCACUGAAACCUUUGCCACUGCUCAGAACAGCCCCACCAGCGAGAGCACCACGCUGACCUCCAGCAUUGCCCCUCCGGCCGCGGCCGCCCCCGACUCCAGCGCCGCGUCGCCCGGCCAGGCCACCCCGGCCAAAGGGGCGGCCGCCACCUCGGGGUCGUCACCGCCGCCCUCCUCCACCCCCAAAGUGGCCCCUCUCGUUGACCUCAGCGACACCCCGAGCUCUGCUCCGGCCUCUAACAGUUUGUCUUCAAGUGUCCUGCCGGGGCAGGGCGCGGUGCUCAGCCCCAGCACCGCCGAGGCCUCCAAAGCGGCGGCGGCUGGGAACAAGCCGGCUGCCCCCGGCCCCGCCAACCUCACGAGCCCUCCGGCUCCAGCAGAGCCCAAGCAGGAGGCCCCCAGCACCAAGAGCCCCGAGAAGGAGCCUGUGCAGCCCGGCACAGUGAAGAGUCCCACGGAGACGCCCAAGAACCCGAGCAACGUGAAGAGCGAGGCUGCCUCGGGCAGCACCGCCAACCCCUCCCAGAACGAGGACUUUAAAAUGGACGAAGGGGCCUUCAAGACACCAGACAUUGAUCUUGCAAAGGAUGUUUUUGCGGCUCUUGGCACUGCUCCUGCCAGUGUGGCUGGUGGGCAAGCUCACGAGCCUGGUCCUUCCACUGCAGACAGCUCUGUACCCGCUGCGCCUGCAAAGACCGAGAAAAUCCCAGUAGAAGACAAAUCCGAAGUGCAGGUGACAGACAGGAAGACCCCUCCAGCAGAAGUGAAGACGGUCCCCAACGAAGCCACACAAACAAAUGAGAACGAGAGCAAAGCAUGAUCAGCACCGGGGAGACAACGAGAGAGCAUUGAAAUCACAGCCCACACACCCAUCUCAUUCCUCUAGUGUCUGUUGCCUUUUUUAAACAAACAAACAAACCAGAAAAUGCAUAAAUGGGGGGAGGGGGGAAUGUCUCUUUUUUUCUUUUAUUUUCUUCUCUUCUUCUCUUUUUGGUUUUUUAUUUUCUUUUUUUUUUUUUUUUUUACUAUUUCUAGAAAGAUUCUAUUCGUUGUGCACUUGCUUUUAAAAAGUAAUACAUGUUAAAAACAGGGUUAAACCCGUAACCAAAUCAGGGCUUGGCUGACCCUGGGUAUAUUCAGAGAAGCAAAAGUUGCAAUACCGUUUGCAAUGUGGUUGGGAAGCUCAGAAUCAACUAGUCCUAGACAAAAAGAAAAAAAAAAAACACAAAAAAGACAAAAAAAAAUAAUCAAAGAGACCCUGUUGUUUCCUUUGUUAGUAUAGCAGAUAUAACCACUGUGCUGCUGGGCACGGCUGGUACUUAAAGAACAAAGUCCACAAUUUAUUUUUAUACUUUUCAGUCGAGUUUGAAAUAUGUAAAGCCUCAUAAAUAAGUUAUAAUUUCUGUUCACCUUGUAUUUGUUCAGUAUGCAAAGUGUCUCGAGCCCUUUGUGACUGAAUUCUGUUUGCCACGUUAGACAUUUAUUUGGGGUUUAUUAUUAUCUAUUUUUUAGGAAGAAUGCCAAAAUUGCAGCUUCGGGGGAUGUAUUUCAAUUUGCAGUAUUCAGACUCUACAUUUCUUUAAAUUUUAUGUUAAUUUUUUUUUUUUUGCCAACUUUUGUUCUUUCCAGUGUUUACAAUUGACAAAUAUUUUUUUAACUUUUGUUGUGUUUAAAUGGAUGUGUAAAAUAGCUGCCUUUUUUUUUUGUUUUUUUUUUGUUUGGAAGUCAAUCCAGUCUCUAGACUCUAGGGUAGCAGCAUGCUUGCUUUGCAAAGGGAGACAUUUUCAAACAUGGAUGUUUACAGUAGUUGUUUCCCCUUUAUCUUUUCUUAAUUAUUGUUAUUAUUAUUAUUAUUGUUAUUAUUAUUAUUAUUAUUUCUUACUGGAGUAAGAAGAAAAGUGAUGCUGGGGUUCGGUUUGGGAUUUUUUUUGGGGGGUGGGGGGUAUUCAAACCACUUGUCACCAGUCAAGGUCUUUAUCCAGCAAUCCACAUAAAUCCAGGCUCUCCUUGGAAUGGGGGAAUUGCUGGAGAAAGUCCUUCUAUUCUUAAAUUUAGUUGAAGUCCCUUGCUGGACCUGGGCCUGACUGCAUAAGAGAAAUAUCAUCUCUGCUUUUUUAGGACAUUCUCCCCUUUCCUUCCUGGAACCCUCCCGGAGCUCCGAGGAGCAGAAGGGAGAUUGUACAGUUGGGGCUGGUCUGGGCUCAGAUGUUUGACUGCAUCAGUUCCCCCUUAUUUCGAUGCCAGUAAAUCCCAGUGUCAGUAAAUCCCACAUCCCGUGGCCCUGGAAAGCACAUUUUAAAACAAAGGCUCUUUGCCCAAAGGUGCUGGGCAGGUGCCAGACCCCUCCUGCUGGUGGGGCUGGACCAGCUGAUCCCUGCAGGUCCCUUCCCAGUGACCCUUCCCGUCCUGUCCCAUCCCCUGUGUGUGCUGAGUCUGUGCUCUGCAGAACCAAAAACCCGAAAUCAGGAGCAAGUGCUUGGAAAUCAGUGCCAGGGAUGCCAGUGGUGGCCCCCUGGCAUCGUGUCUUAGGAGCUGGGAAAGGGGGUGACGUAGCACCUGUGUUGAAAUCAUGGAGGGGGGCAGCUGAAAAUGGCAUUUCUCAUCAGGAAUCAUGGAGCAACGCUGAGAUUUGGGGGUGAAAAGGUGCUUUGAGCAGAAGGGAGGCAGAGGCGUGUAGGGAGAGACCAGCCCAUUGUAUAGAGAUGUUCCUUCUGUUGGGGUUUUGGGGUUUUUUUUUCCCCUCCUUUUUUUUUUCCUGUUUUUGUUUCUUUUGUUUUCUUUUUUUUUUUAAUUCUACUUUAGAUCUGCAAGCUUGUGCACUGUGGGUGCGUGACUAUUUUAGUGUGAACCGUGUUUUUUGUCAUAGUAUUGAAAUAAUAAAAGCUUCAACAUAGUUUGGAUGUGGAAGGUGUAGCGCUAGUUCAGAUUUGAAGAGAAAAAAAAAUAUUCAGGAAUUUCAAACAAACAAAACGAAAAGAGAACAACUCUUACAGAGAACAGAAGCCUUUAAAUGAGAAAACCAACCCGAGCUGAGUGUGGUGAGGAGCAGGAGGAUGAGGGGGGUUUGGAGGCCGCAGUUGGCUCAGGUCAGUGGAGCCACUUCCAUCCGUGUGUCCUUGGAAGGAGUGCAGUCUGUUCCAGCAGCAUCACAUCACUUCCAACUGUGGGAAAUAAUGGUCUUGUCAUUUGCUAAGUGUGGGGUUUUUUGCAUUUUUUCCUCAGCUCCUGGGAUGCCCGGGGGGGAUGGCUGGAGGUGCAGGGCCCAUCCCGGUGGGAUAUGGGGGCAGGACGGGGCCUCACCCCAAAGCCCCGCAUCAGAUCCCGCCCUUGCAUGACCCAGCACAGCAGUAUUGGUGGAACUGGGGGGGAAGUUUGGCUCACAGUCCUUAGGAUUGCUUUGUUUUCCCGAGAAACCCACCUGGAAAAGGCAGCACAAGGAGCUCCCGGGGUGUGUCUGCACCAGGGAGCUUUGGGGCAGCAGUGGGUGCCUCUGUCCCUGGGGGUGAGCUCAGUUUGUCACAUCAGUGGUACCUCUGUUCCCAUGGGUGAGCUCAGUUGGUCAGAUCUGUGGUACCUCCGUUAGCUCUGGGUGAGCUCAGUUGGUCAGAUCCAUGGUACCUCAGUUAGCUCUGGGUGCCCUCAGUUUGUCAGAUCUCUGCAGAGUUUGGGCUGGUUUUGUCAUCUGUGUGUUGGCCCUCCCCAGUUCUAACCCCUGAGAGCUGAGCUGGCAGGAGACAACCUUAAUGCCCAGUGCCAACCCUCAGCCCCUGUCGGGUGAAAAGGGGGAACUCCCCCCUGGAUUGGCCUUUCCGUUGGAAAAGGGGCCCAGCCCAGAGCCCAGCCCAGCCCCCACACUGACACUGGGUCUGGGGUUGGAGCUUCAAGGUCCCUUCCAACCCAAACCAUUCCACGGGUGGAGUGAGCACCACUCCAAGCAGGAGUGAACCCUGUGAGCUCCUUCUUCAACUCCUCCCAGUCCUUGCAGUGCUUUGUCUCUCACCCUUAAUGGGGGGUCAUUAAUUUAAUGUACCAGUUGCCCGUUCCCAGGGCAGCCCAGGCUUCCCUGCUCUGAGUUCCAGCUGUGAGGAGGUGCCAGCCCAGCCCCUGGGCACUGUGUGUGUUGGUGUGUGUGCCCAUCCCCACGAGGGUCCCCAGGAGCGCUGACAUUGUGCUGCCCAUGCGUGAAGGUGACGACAGUGCAUCCCGUCCUUCAGCUUUGAGAGUGGACUUUUAUUUUCACACACUUUUCUAUGGAGCCUUCAAACCCCACAUUUUUCACACCUAGGCUGUUUUUGGUAGUUGUUCUCAGCCCCUCCAUUGCCAUCCUUCCCCAGCAUUCCCUACUUUUGGGGGCCUUCUAUCUUGUUAAAAAAAGAAAAAAACAAAAAAUCUUUUUACCGAGUGAAACAUCGAGUCCACCUUUAUCCCCAUUCUCACUGGUGUAAAUACUGAUACUAACUGAGGAUUUUGACUUUGCAUUCUGUCAGAAUACUGUGUUCAAAUAAAAA